CCCACAAUAUCAUUUCAAUUUUCAAAAUAUUCUAGCCGUUACCUCUUGACACAUCACUCUCUCUAUCUCUCCUCUGCAACGGCUGUCGGAUUGGAGAAGAAAAUGUUUCUGUCUUUCCUAAUUUCUUCUGACAAUUAAAAAACCUACUUCACUCUCUUUCAUAUCCUCUUUAAUAUAGCUGUAAAAUCUUGAAUUCCUGAACGGGAUUUUGAAGAUGAAGAGAGUGAAAGGAAGGCUACUGAAGAAAUUGAAGACAAUCAAAACAAAUGGGUAUUUGAAACCAGAAAGAAUUCUUCAGGUAAAUGCAUUUGAAGGCUAUGUAUAUACUUCACCGCCCAAAUCCAAUUCCUUGCCCCGCAAACCCCUGGUUUCCAUUCAAGAAAAUCCCAAGAAUGUUGUGGAGAAUGAUGGAUUGAUGAUGCAAGAACCAGAGAUCAUUGAUGUUACAGAGCUUAUGAAGGAUCUUGAAGAUCAAGACUUUGAGUUCGAUGUUAAUAUCAAUGAUAAGGAGAAUGUCAAACCCGAAAAGAAGUCGAAAAUCCCAGAUAAUUUUGAAGAAAAAUCAAAGAACAAGGUUAUGGAAUCUACAGAAAAAUUUCGUAAAGAUGAUGAAAAGCAUGUCCCUUUACAAGAGAUUGAUGUGUCUUCGUCCAGGCAGCCAAAUUUGGACUCAGGAUCCCUUUUCGACCGGAAUCUUCUUGCAGCCUUUGAGCAGGCAGUUAUGGAAGUCAAAGUCCAAGACGACACAGAGAAAAGGGUUCGAAUCGAGGAAAUAAAUAGGCAAGAAAUCGAUGAAGGCCCCCUUUACAAGUCAAGAAAAAUCGAGGAAAUUGCAGAUCCCCUACUAGAAUUUGAAAUCAAGUGUCCACCAGGGGGUACAGACGCGGUUAUUCUCUACGCCACAGGCCUUAGAGGGAUACGAAAGACAUUCAACGACUGUCAUAGAAUCCGGUCUGUAUUGGAGAACUCGAGGGUUUUGUUCUACGAGAGGGAUAUAUCGAUGCAUUCGGAGUAUAGGGACGAGUUGUGGAAGAUUUUGGGUGAAAAAUUACUGCCUCCAAGGCUGUUCAUAAAGGGAAGGUACAUUGGAGGAGCUGCAGAGGUUUUGGUGUUGCAUGAACAAGGAAAGUUAAAGCCACUUCUUGAAGGAAUUCCUAUUGAUAAAUCUGAAGGACCAUGUGAAGGUUGUGCCGGAAUAAGUUUUAUUGUGUGUUUUAACUGCAAUGGAAGUCGAAAAAUCGUUCCUGAAGGUGAUGGUCAGGUAAUGAAAUGCUCAGAAUGCAACGAGAAUGGAUUGAUCAUAUGUCCGUUUUGUUGUUGAUUAUGAAUUUCCCGCCUCUCCCCAUAUCGGAUUCGAUUGGAGAGACGCGGGGAUUACUUUGGACGACAUACCUGAGCGAUACAGGUCGAGGCACGAGUAUUCCUUCGUUCUGAAAGCUGAUCAAGAUUGUGUGGCUUGUAUAUUUGUUUUCAAAGACUUGUAUAUUUGCUUGCAAAGUGAAGUUAAUUUCAUGGUCAUUACAUGUGGAAUGAGAAGCAGAACUUAGUUUAAGUCAAUCUUAUAUUCAGAAAUAAUAUGCAAAGUUAAUAGUCGCUUGUUUAAGCUUAGCAUGUAGUGUAUUAUUGGAAUCUUUGGUGUACUAAUUAAUAAAUUGAUAAUUUGCUUCAAA